GUUGUGGACGUCGUUACCCAUGACGGAAGACGGGGACAGGUUCAUCAUUAUAUCAAAAUCUCAUAGUUAGUGGAGCCACCCAUGAUCGAAAAUCUCUUCUUUUUCUCUAUUUCAAGUCCUACAACACUAAUCUUCUUCAGUUACAAUCUUCGAUCAACCAAUACGAUCAUCGAUCGAUCAUCAGUUCCCAUAUUGAGGAACUAACUAUAGACUCCCACAGUUUCAAUCCCUGAUUUUUGUUUUUUGUUUAAGAAUUCCUGCGCUUCUGAUCAAUCAAGCCUUUUAGCCGGAUUAAUGGAUAAUUGGAUGUCCCCACGCAGCAAUGGAUACCCUUCUUUUGCUUCUUCCCAGAGAGCUGUCACUUACAGUUGCGGUUCAUGCGGUUAUGAUCUAAAUCUGAACUCCUCAAGCCGCAACACUUCAACUAUAGGUUCAAAAUAUGGAAAAUCGAUAAAGAAAGGAGUCUUAUCAUUCUGCUACGUUGAUGAAAGCAGAUUCACUCAGGUGGAAGAAUUACAAUGCAUUCCCUAUUUCAUCUCUAGACAUUCAUGGGGAUUGUUUAGGAGGAGAACAAAACUUCUAUGCCAGAAGUGCGGAAAUCAUAUAGGAACUACUGCUUAUGGUAAUCAAGUUUCUUCUUCGUAUCCUCUUGUAACUGAUGGGUCAGAAUCAGCUUCAGGAAGCGAAACAUCGAACAACAACCAAAGAUAUGAUAUUAGAAUCCGUUCUUUACAACCUUCAACUGAAGAAGGGAUUCAAAGUACAGUUGUUCAACUUACUACAAGAGAUCAUAUAUAGAUUCUCCUGUAAACUUUGUAUCUAGUUCUGAAGUUUUUUUUUUAUUUUAUUUUUAUUGUAUGAUUGUUUUU